CGUUAGUUGUGCGAAGUCUUUUGUGUGGAACAGAUCGUUGAAAAGUGUGUAAUAGAGAAAAAAAGUGUUGUCGAAUCCAAAUAUAUUUUGAACAAAUCUGUACAAGAUUUUUGUGAUUCUAUUAAAGAAGAAAUCAUGAACAAAGCAAUCAUUAUAGCUGCACUUGCGACACUGUUGCCUUUAGUGUGGUCACAAUGUUUAACUCGAAAUGACACAUCCAGACUUUCAGCCGAUAAACUAUAUUAUGGACAGCGCAAAUUUACCAUCAGCCUUUUAGAUGCACUUCAAAAAGCCCGUCCAAAUGAAAGUUUAUUCUUUUCACCGCACAGUACGUAUCGCGCAUUGCUCUUGGCUUACUUUGGUGCAAAAGGUGACACAGAACACUCAUUGAAAAACACAUUACAAUUGGACUGGGCGAAUAGCAAAGCCGAUGUCAGUCAUGCAUAUGAACUCGAAAAACAAGCAAGAGCCAACCGUGUUCAACACCAAACCGUUGAAUUCAAAUCAGUCGAUAAACUCUAUUUCUCCAAACAAGUCAAAGUGAAAGAAUGUAUCAAAAAAAUGUUCAAUGAAAAUAUUGAGACAUUGAAUUUUGCCACUGAACCAGAAGAAUCCCGUGAAAAAAUAAACAAAUUUGUUGAAGAUGUAACUAAAGCAAAUAUUAAAGAUCUUCUACCACCGGGUUCCAUUGGCACCGAUACAAAUGUUGUGCUGGCAAAUGCGGCCUUCUUCAAAGGAAACUGGGCAUCGAAAUUCGACAAAGAAGAUACACAAAAGAAAAUUUUCUAUGAACACAGCCGCAUGCCAGUCUAUGUUGAUAUGAUGAAACAACGAGGCUAUUUCAAUUAUGGUGUUAUUGAACAGCUUAAUACUGUUUUCUUGGAAAUGCCGUACAAAGGAGAGGAUGGAUCAAUUUCAAUGUACAUAUUUUUGCCGGUGUUCACAGUGAAUGCAAUUGAUGAAUUUUUGGAAAAAAUAACGCCCGAAAUUUUGGAUGAAGAAGUGUUCAGUGGUGGAUUACAACGUGAAGUUGAUGUUGAAUUCCCAAAAAUUUCGUUCGAACGAAAGUUUGAACUUGUGCCGAUUUUGAAAGAGAUGGGCGUUGGAAAUUUGUUCGAAGACAGUGCUGAUUUGAGUGAUUUUUCCGAAAAGCAAUCGAUUAAAUUCGACGAUGCUGUACAUCAAGCCAAAAUUGAAAUCGAUGAAGAGGGUUCGGUAGCUGCUGCAGCAACAGCAAUCUUUAGCUUUAGAUCAUCACGACCAACAGAACCGGCGCAAUUCAUAUGCAAUCAUCCAUUUAUGUUCCUUAUCCACGAUCAAAAAUCAAAAGAAGUGCUAUUUGCCGGUGUUUACCGUGGUCCAAACGAAUAAACAAUGUUGAACAAUGACAUUUCAUUCAAUAAUUUCGUUUAUUUCCCAUUUUUUUUUAAUGUGUAGCAUAUCCAAAUAUCAAAUUUAAUUUUUAAAUCGAUUGUUAAUUUAUAUGUAUACGUCGAGUUCUAUUUAUUUGUAAUAAACUGAAUGAAAAAUA